UUUGUUGCCAUUGACAGAAAGAUUGCAUUGGAAUUCGCAAUUGCAUAAUUACCAGUUUUUGAUACUUACGUAUUAUCGGAUAAUAGUUAUUACCGGUGCUUUUAUUUGAAGUAACGUCGCAUUUGUUUUUCACUGCCUUUAAAAAUGUUCGCAAAACGCCGGUUCCUGCUCACGUCGGCGGUGAACGCCGUUCGGCAGAAGCACACGCUGCCGGAGCUGCCCUAUGAGUACAGCGCCCUGGAGCCUGUCAUCAGCAGGGAGAUCAUGAGUCUGCACCAUAGCAAGCACCACGCUACAUACAUAAACAACUUGAAUGCUGCUGAAGAGAAACUUGCUCAAGCACAGGCUAAAGGUGACAUCAGCACAGUCAUCAGUUUAGCUCCCGGACUCAAAUUCAAUGGUGGUGGUCACAUCAACCACACCAUUUUCUGGCAGAACCUUUCACCCAAUGGCGGGAAGCCUUCCGGGUCACUCACCCAGGCCAUUGAGAAGGACUUUGGUUCCUGGGAUAACAUGAAGAACCAGCUUGCAGCAGCAUCUGUGGGAGUGCAGGGUUCCGGAUGGGGCUGGCUCGGUUACAACAAACAGAUGAAGAAGCUACAAAUUGCCACCUGCCAGAACCAAGAUCCUUUGCAAGCAACUACUGGGCUCAUUCCCCUAUUCGGUAUUGAUGUCUGGGAGCACGCCUACUACCUGCAAUACAAAAACGUGAGGGCCGACUACGUAAAGGCAAUAUUCGACGUCGCUAACUGGGGGGACGUCUCAAAGAGAUUCGAAGCUGCGGUCAACUAAACUGACCAUUUCGUUUAUCUCGCAUUUUAUUUGGUUAAAACCAGCUGAAUGAUAAAGCUUUAAAUUAUGUUACAUCAAAAGUUUAUGUUUCUCACAUAGUGAAGCUCUGAUUAGAUUCAUGUGAUACAAAAUAAGUUUUAGAACCUUUUUAUCUUA